CACAUUAGCAAACAUGGCGGCCGCGAUGGAUGUAGACACCCCGGGUGGAGCGAACAGUGGAGCCAGUAAAAAGCGUUUUGAAGUGAAAAAGUGGAAUGCUGUGGCUCUGUGGGCUUGGGACAUUGUGGUGGACAACUGUGCCAUUUGCAGAAAUCACAUUAUGGACCUCUGUAUAGAGUGUCAGGCCAAUCAAGCGUCAGCUACAUCAGAGGAGUGUACAGUGGCCUGGGGAGUCUGUAAUCAUGCGUUUCAUUUCCACUGCAUCUCUCGCUGGCUGAAGACCAGACAGGUGUGUCCUCUGGACAACAGAGAGUGGGAGUUCCAGAAGUACGGCCAUUAGCAGCAACUGUGCUGCUCAGUGUCUGUGCUUCAGAUCUAGGAUGUUCUUUCCUGAGAUGCAUUUUUGUUGUCACCAUUCUCUCCCUGUUAAAGACCAACCGGUCCACAUUGAAAUUGUUACUAGUUAUGGUGUUUUUCUGUGUGUGUGUAAUGUGCAGCAUUCUGAGCUGUAAAUUACUAAUAAAGUCACUAUAAAUUCAGCUCUAUCAGUUCCAAUAUUUCUGAAAUGUAAUUUCAUUCUAAUACAACUCAAAUAUUUCUGUGCUGCUGUUAACUUUAGGCUUUAUGUUAAGAGACUUAACAAGCCCAGUCACUUUAUCUCAUGUUAAAUAAAAAGUAAUGUGGACAGAAGAUUA